CACACACGGAUACUUCAUAUCCCUGUUGAAAAUCAAAAUCAAUACGUAAGUAUUUUUGAAACUGAAGAAGGACAACUACCUUCUCUUCACGAGACUUUACUCCGGGAAGUAGCUUCUUCAUUCAAAGUUCUACUGAAAGAAACUGGUACAAUACUUUGUUGUUGGAUCAGUCGCAAUAGAACAAGUUUUGGUACAACCAUCUUUUUUUCCGCGCAUUUGUUUUUUUUUCAACAUCAACAAUCUGAGUGCAACUACACUAUCGUAAUCGUUGACCACGUCCAGCAAAAUGUUGUCGCUUUCAUCCUCUUCGACCUCUGGAGUUUCUCGUUGCUCGCCCUCUUCUACUCGUCGCGGCUUGAAGAUGUUGGCCGCGCACCUGGUGCUGACCUUCACCGCGUUCUCUCCAGCGGAUCGUUUCGUCGCUGCACACAGUUUUUGGUGCGUGGGCGUCUGUGGCGAGGGGGGAGGAGCAGGAGCAAAGGGCAGCACCAUCAAGCCGCCGACGCCGAUGAAGGUUCUUCCUACCUCCGUCGGCCCGAAGAAGCUGUUUGUCAUGCGGCACGCGGAGUCGACGGCCAACGCGAAGUUGCCAAAGUGGGGCGACCAAACCGAUCCCCCGCUCACGAAGAAGGGCGAGGGACGGGACGGGCAAACGGAGGCUAAAGACGGUGGAGCGAAAUUCGCCGAAGUGUACCCGGAGCUACUGAGUGACAACGACCGCAAGGAUAUCGUGUUCCUCGUCUCCCCGAUGCGCCGGGCCAUGGAAACGGCCAGCUUUUUCAUCCAGGGGCUCGUGAGCUCGGGCAAGUACGGCACGGAAGCCGACUACGCUGGACGAGAGAAGAUCAUCCUCACUCCGGAAAUUCGCGAGACGGGCACGCCGGGCUGGGAUCCGACCAAGCUUCCCAAAUCCGAGUACGGCACAGAAACGGACAAGUGGCCGUUGACGUCCUCGUGGAAAGACAUAGACGGGAAUCCUUUCGUAUUCACAGGAAACGAAAAAAUAACCGCUGUACACGGCAGUAGUACAAGCGAUGGCUAAUGCUAGUAGCUGAGCAUGAAAGAAUUCUUUUGCAACCAACAUGCAGUUCGGCAUGAAAAAUUUUGAUUUUCAUAUAUAAGCGUCAUUUUUUUAUUUCGGCAUGAAGAUGAACAUUACAAACUUAGCAUUGCGCCGUUUUGUACUACAACAAGAGCCUACGUGUAUGGCCGAUGAUUUGUAUUGCAUACCCGAGUGACAACAUCUUCUUCCUGCAAAACGCGGAUGAUUCGCAGCACAGCUGGUUCUACGGGGCCGAAGACAAAUAUGAAAGAAUAAAACUGUCUCAGUCUCAAGCCUUAGCCUAGCCUUGCAGACGCAGCAUCAGCGCAAAUCAUCAUAUCAUAACACACCAAAUCGCUCCUGUGAGGCUUCAACCAGCGAGAGAAACAUAAAGACAGACAUGUGAACGGAGAGGCCCCUGUGGCUUUCUCGCACGCUGAGCAUGAUGACAAAAAAUAUUCAGUGGCUCAGGAAAGACGAGUGUCCGCUGCAUUACUACAAGUUGAGACUGCGGCAGCUUUUUCGUGCGAUAACGCAAAAACCUGGCCCAGUGACGACAACGACAACAAAAAAGUUGGCGUGAAGUUCUUGGAGCUGCAAAAGCGCAGCUGGCGCAUGCUCCGCAAGGCGCUCGCCGGGGAGCAUUUUACGCAGCAACAGGGGGCCUUCGACAUGACCCAACUUGAGGGAAAGAUCGUGUUCAUGGUGACGCACUCCACUACCAUGUUCAACAUAUGAGAGUGCAAAACUCGUUUCCUUGGUCCCCCUCACUUGUAUAGGAUGUCUAUCACAAGCCCAACACACGUGCACGUGGAGGACACUGUGCAUGACAAGUUCAGGCGCCGAGUCUAGAACUCCAAACUUGCACGGCUUCUGGACGAGUUUGUAAAAUAAUAAACAAAAAGUAAAAUAAGCUGAAGUAGCAAACAGAGCCACAAGGCACCAACUGGAUUUGGGAUUUUGCAUUAGGUCGCGAGGGGGAGUUGUGCACUCUUAUAUUCCAACUUGGGACUGUACGACCCGAAUACACCGGCCGACCCCACGAAGCCAACCGGGGCCUGGAAGGCCCUUGAUUUCUCGAAGGACUGGCUAUCCAGUGCAAAAGUAUCGUGCCCACUAGUACAUUCAAAAACUGCAUGACGUCGCAUUUGCUAGCUCAGCAUGAGAAACGAAAUUUGUACUGCGGGUUUACAACCUCGAGAAAAAGAAUUUAUAAAGUUGUGCAUGCUUCUUGCGAUGUUGACGAUUAGUUUUAGUAUGACUACGAUACUUUAGCAAUGCAUACUAGAAACCAAGCAACGAAAAGUGGAAGACGUCCGUGCCUUUCGAGGUUGACCUCACGACCCUGCACGACGAGAAGCCAGUCGCGAAACUGUGCUGGAAGCCGGAAGAACUAGUACCUCCAUAAUUAAGCUGGAUGCUCGCAGUUAGUAGCAGGGUGAUGUUGCCAAGGGUGUGACUCACUACACUAAGAACCUCACUCAGCACUAUGAUCUUGUUUAGUUAUCAAUUAUACGAUUACGAAGACCAAGACGAACACGAAGCGAACGAUGUUGAAUCUAUCUCGAGGCGGAAACCUAGUAAAUUGUAACAAGUUCGGAAUAAACUACCUGCAAAAGGUCCUACUAGGAGCUGCCGUAUGCACUAUCUCGUUGGACUUGAAUAUCAUGUGAAAAAAAGAAGAGCAGCGGAAAAACGCGAAAGAUACGGGUUGGAUUAGGGGAAGGAAGAUAUAGGAUAGAGCUUAUGCUUCUAUCGAGGAGCUGCAAAAGUACUAAAUUAAUACACCAGGAGGUAGUUGUAAAAUUGUGAGCUGUAUUAAUGACUGAACAAAACUUGCUACGUUACUAUUCUUCCACUGCUCGUCUGGAAGAAAAGCAACAAGCACAAGACAGGAAGGUAAGGAAAAAACCUUAUCAAAAAUGUAGAAGUGUGCCGAAAAAGAUAAAAAAGUCUUGGAGCCAUAGCUGAAUCUGGCGGCUGCACUUCCCGCCUGCUGCUGGUCUAGGACUUUUCGAUGGAUCAAAUUCUAGCAUCAGAGCACUACUCUGAUGAGUCUUCUUGAUAGGUAUACAAGAGGAUCUAGAUCUACAACUUCAUGCGGCGCGUAUAGAAACAUUACAUAAAAUAUUGCACCCGAAAAAAGGGUGCUCCAGAACUAAAAUCAAAAGAAAAAAGUUGUUGGCCCGUUUGCCGGAAGAUUCGCGAACUAUUCUUGCGGGGAAAAAAAACGGUGUUCACAUUUUUUUGUUGAUGCCGCAACCAUUGAGUUUUUGGACCAACAAGGGGGUUUCAAGUAGAAAAAAAAUACUUUUCACUUUAUCCAUAGGUAUCAUCGUGUUGAAGCGAGGACGAGGAGUUGAUAGACUUUCUUUGACUUUGUUUUAUCUUGCGGUUUUUCGUGAUGUCAAUGGACCAACGAAGUUUUGUUUUGUGAAGGCAAUAUCAUCUUGAUCUUGUUCCACGAGCAGACACAAUUGGCAAGAAAAAAAAAA